AUGGAUAAAGCCAGUAAAUUAAAUAGUUUAGUUAAAAAUGUUCAAUUAUUCGUUAAAAAAUGCAGAGAAAAAAAUAAAAAAUUGCUAACUUUGAGCAGCUUAGAUGACACUGAUGAGAUGUAUAUUCCGGGAAACAUUAUAAAUGGUAAAACAAAUGUGGAUAGAAGUUUUAAGGAAAGUUCAACUGUAAAUAGUUCUAAAUGUUCAGGUGAAUCAAAAUAUAAUAUUUAUAAAAAUUUUGAUAACGUAUAUAGCAAAGAAUUGAGGAGAACAAAUACUGAAGAUGAUAUUCAUAAUAUUUCUGAUUAUUCGGAUAACACUUUUAAAAAAAAGUUUAUUAAAUUAAAAGAAAAAGAUAGUAUUAGUGAAACUUUUGAAGGAUAUAAGAAAUUAUUGGAUACUGAUAAAAACAAUACUAAUAAUAAAUUAGGAGUUUUCAAAGAAAGAAUAAAAAGUGGAAAUAUAGAUGACUUAAAAAGUAAAAUUAUGAAAUAUGAUUUGGAUUUAUUGAAAAUAUAUAAUAAAUUAGAAACUACCACAAAAAAUAGAUCAUUUAGGAAAAAAAAAAAAAAAAAAACAUUAAGAACAUAUAAUUCAGAAAUUUUAAACGUAAAAAAUGAACUUUUUGUAAAAAAUAAUAGUUCUGUAAAAAAAAGAAAUAUAUAUAGAAGAAAAAAAUUUGAAGAUAAACGUGAACUCAAAAUUAAUUUUUCCAAAGAAACUCCAAAAUUAAGUUCUAAAAGUUCAUUUUUAAUGUUUGGUAACAAAAUUUCAAAAUUUCAGUGUGUAGGUUCAUCUAAGAAAACAUUCGAUGAAUUCCUUUUUUUCCAAGAAGGUUUAUCAAAUAGAUUAAAUAAAAAAAAUAAUACUUCAUCAUAUGAUAUUGGGUGUAUGUAUAUGAAUAGUGAUAUAAGUAUAAAUGAAUCUAAAGAUUUGAAUCAGAAAAAAUCAAAUGACUUGUUAAAUAGUUCCAAGAGUCUUAGACAAUUCAAAUUUUUAAAUAAUAGUAAAAGGAAUAUUGAUUACUAUAAAAAAAUGAUUGAAAAUUUAGAGGAAACUAUUGGAAAAACUAAAAAGAAGAAUAAUAGCUAUAUAGAUGAUGUUGUUAAAAUAAUAAAUUGUUUGCUUCAUGAUUACGUUCCUAAAUUAAUUGAUAGAUAUGAAUACUAUAUGAAUACUUUAGAUGAUAAAAAUAAAAUAUUGAAGCAAAAAAUUAGAGAGUCAUUAGAUUAUGGUGAUAUUCAAUAUGAAGAAAUUCGAGAGCUAAAGGCUCAAUUAAUCCAAAAAAAUAAUAAAAAUAAAAAAUUAAAUGAUACAAUUGAGAUGCUAAAAGAUAAAUUAUCAUAUAUAAAUGAAUUAGAAUUAAAAAAUGCAGAAUAUUUAGAUGAAAUUGUAUUAUUAAGAAAUAGAAUAGCAUUUUUAGAAAGGAUAAUAGAAGAAAAUGACCAAACGAAGGAAUCUCAGGAGCUUCGAAGAAUGCGUCAUAAUUUAAGAACCAUAUACAAUAAAAUGAAAAAUGAAAUGAGAUAUAUUUCUACAUUAAAAUUAAAAUAUUUGAAAAAAUAUAAAAGGAGAAAAUUUUCAAUUAAUAAAUGGAAUUAUUUAAAAGGAAAAAUACAUGAAAAAGAAUUAACUAUAGAUGAUAGAAUAGAACAAUUUUCAGUAGAUGUAAAAAGAAAACAAAGUGAAAAUCAUAUUAAUAUAGAAAAAGAUAUGAAUGAAAAUAUAAUUAAUGAGAAUAAAAAAGAUACUUAUAAGGAUAAAAACGAAGAAACAUUGGAAUAUUUAAAAAUUUUAAAGGAAUAUGUAGACAAAAGUGUUGGUACUGAUGAUAAAUAUAUACAUGAAAAGUUUGAGAAAAAUGAUAAAGCACACAUGUUAAAUAAUGUAAGAGAUGAAUUAAAAUUUGAACGUAAAAUUAUGACAGCAAAUAAAGGAAUUAAUACUGUUUUAAGCAGUAAUAUAUUUAUUGGGUUAUUAAAAAAGACAAAAAAAGGUAAUAAUAAAAUGGAUAAUUGUAGUUCUAUACCCAUGGAAAGUUAUCCUUAUUACCAUUACUUCUACAGUAAUAUAAAUGAAAAUAAUUACUUUGGCUAUAAUAAUGAGGAAAAAAAGAAAAUUCAUAAAGAAAAAUUAAAUAAAGAAAAUAAUAUAAAUGAGAAAUAUAGUUUUCAUUUUGUUAAUGACAAAAAUAGUAAAGCUGAAAAAGAACUUUUUCUUCUUGGAAAUGUAUCAAAAAAUCCUUUAUUAAAUUAUAAUGAAAAAUAUAAAAAAUUUAAUUACAAUCCAAUGACUUUAGAUGAAUAUAGUACACCAUUAUAUAAUAAUUUAAAAAAAUAUAUUUAUAAUUAUGAUAAAGUAAAAUUUAAUGAAGAUGAUAUGUUAAAAAAUAUGAACUUUUUAGAAAAAAACAAAUUACUUAAUCUUUUAUAUGAAAAUACAAGUAAAAGCAAUGAUUGGAACUCUAUAAAUAAAAAAGACAAAAAUUGCAUUAUUUCUUCUAUUUGUUGUGAUAAAUUACGUAGGUUAUUGAUGGGUAAAAUGAACUGCUAUUUAUGCAAAACUAAAAAUAUACAUGAUAGCUCAGAUAAUAUAUUAUAUAAAAAAUAUAAAUUGAAAAAAUCCUCUAUUCUAAAUAAUAGUUCUUCGAUUGGUAAAAAAUUAAAAUUUGAUGAAAUUAAUGGGAAUAUUUUACAUUCCUAUAAAGACAACUUUAAAUUUAAAAAUAGGUAUAAUAAUAACAUUGAUAUCAUCAGGAAUGAGCAUAAAAAUACUAAUAACAUUAAGAAUAUAAGCAACCAAAAUAAAAUAAGUAAUAACAAUUGCAAUAACGAACAAAAAUAUGAAGAUUAUAAAAUUAAUAACUAUUAUGAUAAUAAAAAACUUAAUGAAUAUGACAUUGAUAUUAAUAAAGAUAAAAAUAAUGAUAAUCAAAAUAUGUGCAAAGAUACUAAAAAUAUUUCUAAGGUUAGUAUAAAGGAUGUAGAUAAAUUUGAAAAUAAGAAUAAUGACAAUAUUAAAAAUUUUAAUGUGUAUGAAAAUCAGUAUGUUAAUAAUGAUAAAAAAAUCUUAGAGUUUUAUAAGAAUCAAUUCAAUAAAGAUAAAAAUAAUAAUUUAAUUAGUAAAUUAUAUGAUCAUGAAAAUGAGAUAGUUCCAGCUAUAAUUAGUUCUAACAAAAAUAAAAAUUCAAAAGUGAUAAGUAAUAAUAAAAAGAAAAAACAGUUAAACAAUAGAGAGAUAUUAAUUAUAUCUGAAAUGAAAAAAAAUGAUGAUACUAUUUCGCAAAUUAAUGAUUAUAAAUAUAAUAGGAAAAUAAAUUCUUAUGUAUGCGUUGAUAAUAAUUAUAAUAUACAAAAAAAAAUGAUUAUUCAUAAAAAAGUAUCAAAUUACAAUAAUAUACAUAAAAAUAACUUAAAAAAAAGUAAUGGUAAAUAUUCAAUAAAAAAGAAGGAAAAUCUAAAAUAUGACUUAUCUAAUUGUAAGAAUAAUGAUAUUAUUAUUAGUCAAUCUAUGGAAAAAGCGUAUUGCUUAAAAGAUUCAAUUUUUCAUAAAAAAGAUGUAAUACAUAAUCCAUAUAAAGAAUAUAAGAAAAAUGAGAGUUUUUAUUCGGAAGAAAAAAAUUUUAGGUAUUAUAACGUUUUUAAUCAAUAUUUAGACAUAAAUAAAAAAAACUAUGGAACAAUUAAUAAUUACUUACAUAAUAAUUUUUUAUAUAUAAUGGAGAUGUAG